UAUUUGAAAAAGUAGAUAAUAUUAGUAUUUAUUUGUUUGUUAUCAAAGAUGGCUGAUAAAUCAAUGGGUUUCCACCGAUGCCACAGGUUUAUUGAUUUAGUAAGAGUAUUGGCUGCAAGGGUUUCAUUACCAAUAUCCAAAAUAAUUAUAUUAUCAAAUAAACCAAUUCUAAUGAAAAAAGAAUUAGAAAAUGAUUCAUUAUACUCUGUUAAAGAAUUAAAAAAAUUAGUAGAUCUCAAUAGAAUUUUGUAAUCAAGAAUUAACAAACUUUUUAUUACAACAUUUCAACUUUUCUUCUAAUAACAUCUAUUUAUUAAAAAAUAGAGAUAAGAAAAAAUUUUAAUAAUCUUUAUUAUUCACUUAAAACCUACAAAACUAUUUUUUAAUUAAAUGUUGAUUACCGUGAAAAUUUAGAAUAUUGUCCUCAUAAUCAGUGUAUUGGUUUUGAUAAACAAAAACUUAACAAAAUAGAAGAAAAAAAAAAAAUAAUGUUUGUAGUUUAGUAAAUAAAAAUUACAAGCAAAAAAAAUAAAACAGUGUGCAAAUGAUUCAAAAUAUGCAUAUGUUUUUAAAAAAAAAAUAAAAAUUUAAAAUUAAAUAAAU